CUGGCAGCGAUGGUAGAGCCAGUUGUCCGACUGGCCCUCGCCGUCGAUGCCCCACCUGCCGCUACCGCCGUCCUUCUUCCACUGCCCGCCGCUGGAGACGCAUGAGCGCGUCUCGCUGAUAGCAGACGCGCGCGACGCCUGCCGCGACACGAUCCUCAACGCCAAGGCGCUCGCCGGCGCGGCGCCCGUGUACCAGACGUUCACGCACCCGCAGACGCAGCGGCGUCUCACGGUGCGCCUUGGCGCCGACCUCCAGAACCCCAACGAGAUCUGCAUGAGCGCCCACACGCUCGUCAACGCCUCGAUCGACGCUGUUGCGGACGUCUAUGCCAACUUUGCAACGUCCAGCACGAGCAAGAACCCGGUCUUGGCCAGCGAUGUGCUGGACCGCGUCCGCCUGUACGAACUCGUCGCACGGCGAGAGGUCGCCGAAGCGCCGUUGCAUGCUGUGUACUUGCAGUGGAUGGCGCUGCGCACACCGCCCGUCAUUGCGAAUCGCGACUUUUGCUAUCUCGAGUGCCACGAUGAAUUCCUCGAUGGACCGGCACGGCAACGCGGCUUUGUCCGAAGCGUGCACUCGGUCGACGCAGCGUGCUGUCCGCCGCUCAGCGCGGCGUACGGUCUCACGCGCGGCCACUUUCUGCGCUCCGGCCAAGUCUUUAUCGAAGCAUCGAGCGACGAGGUCGGGGCGCUCGACGCCUACCACGUGCUCGUCUUGCAGCUGAAAGGCAAUGUACCCAAGGACAUUCAGAUCUCGGUGAUGCUCUCGCUCUUGCUCCAAGCGUGCGAGCUCGAUACCCACUUUCGCGCCGAGCAGCUCUGCGCUGUCCAGCUCGUGCCAUUGUCCAUAGUCCGCGCACAGCCCAAGGCGGUCGCGUGCCGACGGUGUACGCGGCCGUUCCGCAAAAACCUCUUUCAGUCGGCCAAGCAAUUCCGGUGUCGCAUGUGUGGCCACGCUGUCUGCCGCGCCUGCCACCACGUAUGGCGCCUCGGCGGCUCGGAGGCGCGCAUUUGCGUGGCCUGCGCCGAGAUGGCCAAGCCGAACGCGCCCAUGCCUGUCGCCGCGACCGCGUCGCCCGUGCCGUGUCUCGACGAAGAGAGUGCGAUCGUACCUGUCUUGUACGGGCGACUCUCGGAUGCGAAGCGCAAGCGGCGCGCCGAGACCAAGACAGAUGUGUCACCGCUCGAGCGCCACGUGUGGAACGAACGCCUCGCGCUCACGUCGACGUCCUGACUCAGUCAGGACUGUACUAUGUGUAGAGUAAGUUGUGUAUCGUAGAUAUCUCCUUUCUGGCUACUUGUUG